AGGAGCUGUCUGUGAGUUAGUUCAGCGUCAGGAUGGGUGCAUUAGCAGCAUUGAUUUUGGUUAUCCUCGCACGGAAAGCCAUCGCAAGCACGAUGGACGUGUACGUCAACCAGGAGAAUGCCCAAGUCUACCAUCGGCAGGAUAUGAAGCGAGGUGAAUUUGACUACGGCUACCACGUUCAGGCUGUUAACAACCAAUUCCAGCACAAAGUGAAGGGCCCGGAUGACGUCACGUACGGUUGCUAUGGCUACGUGGAUCCCGCAGGUCGCAAACACCUGGUGUACUACGUCGCCGAUCGCAUGGGCUACCGGAUCAUCUUCCCGAACCGAGCGACGAAGAUCUUCACCGCGAAGCUGACAGACAGUUUAAACAAACUAGAUGGCUCCGUGAAGGGUAAAGACUACGACGAGAAGGUCGUGGAAUGGAACAACCUGUACAUGCCCGAGUCGUGCUUCAGGUUACACGAAAUUCUGGACACGGCCGCAAGUAGCCAGGUACCUGCACAGGCGGUUCCGGCUCAACAACCAGCUGCGUCCUCUCAGGUUCCAGUGAAAACGGUGGCCCCUCCUAGGCCUGAGUUGCCCAAGCCCACUCAAUACACGAUUCCAACCACACCACCGGCUUGGCGUGAUCAAACGAGAACCGGAACCAACGAUAACGAGCAGUUCGUUGGAGAAGGCGAGUAUCGUAGACCGCAACCGUCGAACACAGGCAUCAAUGUACAGGCUCCAGGCAGCCAGGAUCAAGGAAGCUACCACGAACAGGGACAGCAACCUGUUCAGCCGGUAUGGCAGGGAUCGCUACCAGACAUUAACCCAGCCAACAUUAACCUGGACCAGUUCAGUGGAACAGUAUACCCGAUCCACACCGGUGCGUACGAGACCCAUCAGGAGGGUUCGAAUGUUGCCAGUGCCACGGUGGGUCAAUUCGCGACUACCCAGCAUAGCCUCAACAUCACGCAGUUAUUGUCGCAGAUCGAAGCGGUUAACUCGCAGGUCGUUACGCUCAACAUGCUGCUGGCAGGAAUGGCCGCCAACCCGACAGCGUUCGCUAAUGCCAACGAGAGCAGCUGCCGUAGCGUGGUACAGCUGCUGAGCACGCAGAAGCGCACGCCCCAGCUCGUAUACGUGCCCAUUCUGAUUCCGUACGUCGAAGGGCAACACAACGUAAACCAACCGAUCGCAGGGUUGAAGCAGGCACCGGUUCACGGCGGCUGCCAUAACUGCCGAGGCUGAUAAGGCUUCGUUGGGUGAAGGUUAAAACGAUGCCGCUGGAGUAGAUUAGCUGGUGGAGUGAUGUACGUAAAGCGGUGAAAGUUAUUAGAUGGAUUGGACUCGAAAACAACUGGCUCACGGUCUGGAGGUCAGACACGAUUAUCAGCACGAAAUUGGAACCGAAUAAAGCGACUCAUAUUUUUUUUUAUUUCACUUACGAACGAGCAACUGCUGAA